AGUAACGAAGGCGGAAGUAAUCACAGUGAUGUCUGCAUACGUUUAGACAUUUAAACUGUAACUACAUACAGUGGAUUUCAUUUACAAUAAUUUAUCAAUUUUCAGCUGAUUACGUUUUGAGCCGCUGCUGUUUGUAAUCGCAUACCACAAUGGAGGAAACAAACCCUGAGUCUGUGAUGUCACCAUUAGGACAGGCCACAGGCAAAUCCAAGUUGGAUACACUGUCCAAAGAAGACCUGAUCAAAUUUGCUAAGAAACAGAUGGUGGCAAUGCAGAAGAUGAAAUCAAAAUGUGCAGAUUUGGAGAAGGAAGUUGAAGUGUUAAAACUUCCUCCACAAGCUCCUUCAGAUGACUCCAUUAUCCAGGAGCUGACUGAGAGAAUGGAUGCCGUACUGCUGGAGAAAGCUGAGACUCAACAAAGUCUGAUGUUACUGCGCAAAGAACAUGAGGAACUCAAGAAACAAGCACAGGACACAAUCGAAAGUUUAGCAGCUCUUAAGGGACAACUGGAUACAAAAAAUAAGGAGUGUGCAGAAAUGCAGAAACACACAACUGAACUCACUGCUACCUUUGAGGCCACAUGUCAUGAAUAUCAGUCCAAGAUAUCUCAAUUUCAAAAAGAACUAGAAGAAGCCAAACAUCAAUUGACAGCUGAGAUCGAAGCUCUCAAAGAUUCUCACCAGAGCAGUCUCACAGAAUCCCAACAGGAGAUUGAGAAUCUGCAGCAGGAAAUGGAAAGGCUGAGCAAACAGUAUGAAGACGAUGUCCGAGACCUGGAGGAGCAGCUGGAGUUGAAUGCAGCAGACUUCGAGAGGGAGAGAGAGCGACUACUUUUGCUUAAUGAAGAGCUUUCAGAGCAGCUGUCGUUGAAGGAGGGCUUCCUCCAGGACGUUCAAGAGGAAGAAGAGGACGCUAGUAGAGCGGGGGCUCAGAAAGAUUCAGGAAGUUCAAACAUAUCUGACUUCCCAGCAUCAGAUGACUCUAGCGAUGAAGCUGGUAUGCUAAAGCUGGCACUGGAAGAUCUACAGUCUCAUAACGUCAUGCUUCAGGAGGAGCUUACGUUUCUUAGAAAUGUGAAAUUGGAGCUGGAGUCAGAGCUGAAGCAGGUGAGAGAUGAGUUCUCAUUGGAAAAGGAUGAACUAGAGUUCAGAAUUAAUGAGCUUCAAAUGAACAAAGAUGAUGGUGAUACGUUUGUGGACAAGAGUGGAAAGAGAUACAGUAUAUCUAAAGAACAACAUCAUCAGGAAGUCCAGACCUUUGAAGAACCAAAUGAAUCAGAAGCCUGCCUUACCUCCAGUGCUGAAACACAAACAGAAGAAGAAAUUCCUCAUGUCGACGACCUGCAAAACAGAUGCAGACCUCCAGCUGAAGUGUUUAAGCAUACCAAGAACAUACAAACAAAUGAGGAAAUGGAUCUACAAGACAUAACAGAACAGUUCAUAAAGCAGUAUAAAACCAUGAAGGAACAAACUGCAGUCUCUGUUGAGGCUCUGCAGGAGAAACUUCAAAACGUCUACCAGCAGAGGGACAGUUUGUUGGAACAACUUCUAAAAGCUGAAGAAACAGUGGAACCAGUAGAGCAAAAGAUGUCUUUUGAGGACCUAAAGAAGGAAAAUGAAGAAAUCCUGGUGCACCUGCAACACAAGGAGGCUCUCAUCCUAGAGUUUAUGGAGAUACUCAAAUUCGUAGAUAAGACACAUGAGGAAUCCAAAAGUGAACAUGUGGACAAUGCACUGUUGUUGAUAACUGCAGAAAAGGAUGAGCAAAUAAAGACCCUUAAAGAAGAGGUCUCUUCUCUUCAAACCAGAGAGGAAGCGUGCCAAGAGAACAACAGACUUCUCAAAUUCCAAAUCUUGUCCUUGUCGGAAGAGAGGGACACCGUACAGAACAAUAUGGAUGCUUGUCGAGAACAACUUUCUGAAAUACUCAAGCAGAAUUUCUCUGAGACUGAGGCUCAUGGGACAGCCGAUAUCUUGACUUUAAUCAACCAUCUCUUGACUAAAGCUCAGGAGGAAAAAGCAAUCUUAACCCGACAGUUUGAUGAAAGAGUAGAGCAGUAUACCAUGGAAUUGGAGAGUGUGAGGCAGUCAGGUGAGGAGCGAAGCGCUGAGCUGCAGGCACACAUUGAUGACCUCAGCCGAGAGAAGCACCUGCUGAAGACCAAUUUGGAUGAUGUGGUUUUAGAUACUGAGGGAUUGCAGAAGGACCUGAGUGAAAUGCAGGUCAUGAAUGAAAAGCUCCGUGUUGAAAACCAGAGCCUUAUCAAUCAGGUGGCUGACUUAAGCAGGAGUCUAGAAGAAAAACAACAGGAAGAAAAACGUAGGUCAGAAGAAAUUGACACACAAGCUAAUGAGAUGAAGGAACUGCAGCAGAGACUUGCUGAUAGAGACACACUCAUAUCACAGCUAAAGGAUGAAAUUGGACACUUGCAGAUGAGCAAAGAGUCACCAGUGUCUAAAGAAAAUGAAAAUAUGAAAGACUUCUCUGAUAAAAUAGAAAUCCUGGAGAAGGAAAGCAAAGAUAAAGAUGAACGCAUGAAUAAAAUCAAAGCUGUUGCUUUGAAAGCUAAAAAAGAGCUGGAAAACAGCAAGAAAGAGGUUGUCACUCUGAGAGAGGAAGUGGACAUGCUGAAGGCUGAUCGAGACAAAUUAUCCAGAUCCAUGAAGGAUAUCAUCCAUGGUGCUGAAGACUAUAAGAAUUUGAUGGUGGAUUAUGACAAGCAGACAGAGUUGCUGGAUAAAGAGAAAGAGAAACUAGAACAGGUGGAGAAACAUAACGAAGAUUUAACCAAACGUCUGCAAAAUGCAAUUCAACAGCAUGAGCUGUUGUCGUCUGAGCGAGAGGAUCUGAUGGCUCGUAUUGAGACGCUGCAGAGUAACGUCACACAGCUGGAGUCACAGAUAGUGGACAUGCAGAGGGUUAAAUGUGGGCUGGAGAAAGAGCUUGAGGCAGAGAAGCUUUUAAGAGAGCAGAAGUUUAAGGAGCAUCAGUGUGUUGUGAGGGAGAUGGAGGAGCUUCAAGCUCAGCUCGGCAAAUACAAACAUCAGCUACAACAAACCGCUCAAGAACUCGAGCAGCUCAGAAAGGACGCUCAGCAGAACUCAUUACUGGACAUGGAGAUGGCAGACUAUGAGAAACUGGUGAAGGAACUCAAUCACAAACUCAGUGAGAGAGACAGACAGAUUGAAGAGCAUCAGACUCAAGCUCAAACACACAAGCAGCGAGAGCAACGACUCAAUGAGGAGAUCGAGUCUCUGAAGUCACUGGUGGAACAGACAGAAGAUAAAGCCUCCAGGAUGAAACAAUUGCUAAUCAAAACGAAAAAAGAUCUGGGAGAUGCAAAGCAAAAAGAAGCAGCUCAGAUGAUCACGCAGGCUUCACUAAGAGGAGAACUAGAGGCCCAUCAACAACAGCUGGAGGAGUAUAAGAUCCAGUGCAGCGAGUUAACUGCAGAGAGACACAGACUGCAGGAGCAACUGAAGAUGAUGAAUGAUCAACAACAGAGAGUGUCCAGCUCAUAUCAGCUCUCACUCAACACACUACAGGAUGAGUGUAACACUGCUAAGGCUGAUCUGGCAGCAACAGUCUCAGAGUUCGAGAGUUAUAAAGUGCGAGUUCACAAUGUCCUCAAGCAACAGAAACACAAGAGCUCAAAUCAGACUGAUGGAGACGCUUUCAAAUCAGAGAGAGAGCACAUAGAGGCUGUGGUGCAACAGUUGCGCACUCGGCUGCAGGAGACGCAGCACAAUCUUCAGUCGAGCACUGCAGAACUGCAGCAGCUGCACACUGAACACGACAUGCUGCUGGAGAGACACAACAAGUUCCUGCAGGAAACCGUCAGUAAAGAGGCAGAACUCAGAGAGAGACUGCUGUCACUGCAAACAGAGAAUGUAGCGCUGAAGUCUGAGCACGGCCAGUGCACGUCUCAGCUGACCGCUCAGACUGAGGCUCUCCGCAGCAGCUUCCGUGAGCAAACACGCCACCUACAGGACGAACACUGCAGCACGGUCGAGACGCUGCAACAACAGAUCAACAGACUGGAGGCACAGCUCUACCAACUGCAAAGAGAGACCAGCAACACCGCUCCAGUUCUUGUGCAGCAACACAGGAAGUCUCAGUCGGACAGGAAGUUGGCUGAUGUUCCUCAGUUUGAUCUUCAGGGCACGGCUCGAGAGGAGGGCGAGGGGAUGGAGACUACUGAGAUCGAGUCUGUGUCCAGCCCUGGAACUUCACUGGCCUCUCUAGAGCAGCUCCUCUCAUCACCUGACCUCAAACACGAGCCUGUUGUUUGGCAAGUGGAGCCCAGUAAAGAGGAGCUGACUCAGAAACUCAACACUGCCACCCGCAGUAUGGAGCAUUUAAACAGUCUACUGCAUGAGACCGAGGCUACCAAUGCUGUGCUGAUGCAGCAGAUCACUCUGUUGAAGAGUGAGCUGCGGCGUCUGGAGCGCAAUCAGGAGCGUGAGAAAUCUGUGGCCAAUCUGGAGUACCUGAAGAACGUGCUGUUGCAGUUCAUCUUCCUGCGCUCCGGCAGUGAGCGUCAGGCACUGCUUCCUGUCAUACACACCAUGCUGCAGCUAAGUCCAGAGGAGAAGAGCAAACUCUCUGCUAUCGCACAAGGUGAGGAGGAGUCUGCAGGCUCAAGAGGGUCCGGGUGGACGUCAUAUCUGCACAGCUGGUCAGGAAUCAGAUGAAACACAUACUGACUAUAAAGCAGUGAUUUAAACAUGCAACUGAAGGAAAAGCAUCAAUCAGAGCAACAUACAUGCGGAGCUACAACUCAUACUUUUUCAAAAGUGUUCACAUAUCCCUGGUUCAUCAUACACACCUUAUAACAGCACAGAUCUGUAUUUAUACAUUUUAUUAAACCUGUUUUAAAUGAGAACUGCAAUUUAUUUCUCCUUUUUCCUUUUUGAUUUUCUUUAUUGCCUUCAUUUUUGUACUGUGUCAGUCCUAACCGAAUAUUACUUUCAUUUGGACUACUGAUGUGCUGUGAGUUUUGCACACCAUUAUAAUUUUUCAGUCUUUCGUUUUGUCAGUCUUGGUAAAUCUCGUGUCCAUAUAGUCUUUUGUUUUUGAUUGUUUGAACUUUAAUCAGGGGGCCAGAUCAACAUGCAUAAAUAAUGAGAUUAAUCUGUGAAUGUGUAUAUUCAGUCCGCAAUAUAUACUGUAUUAUCAAUCAACCUAUUUUAUUUACUGAGAAAUAAUAUGCCAGUAUGUAUGGAGAAUAUGAAUGUAUUGUACAUGAUUCCAAAGAUAUUUAAGAGAAACAGUAAGUUAUUGAAAUCUGCUUACAGAUCUUAUAUGAAGUACAUGUAAUAUCUUUUACUUUUGGUUAUUUGUUGUAAGGGUUUUCUUAAUAUGAGUUCAUCCUGCUAUGAAUCACUGUUUGAUUUCCUUUUUAUGUAGCAUUUGUACUUGUAAAUCUAAAAGCAUUUAUUUCUUGGCAAAAUCUAAGUUUCUUUAUUGUACAGUUAAUAUAGGCACCAAUUUUGCAAUUGCAAAACAAAUAAAUCUCUGAAAAGCGA